GUCCGCAAGCAAGAUGCCAGGCGGUGGUGUAACAGUAAAAGACGUCAACCAGCAGGAGUUUGUCCGGGCGCUGGCUGCCUUCCUGAAGAAGUCAGGAAAGCUGAAGGUGCCAGACUGGGUGGAUAUUGUUAAGUUGGCUAAGCACAAGGAGCUGGCACCCUGUGAUGACAACUGGUUCUACAUCAGAGCUGCCUCCACAGUACGUCACCUUUACCUGCGUGGUGGUGUCGGCGUAGGCUCCAUGAUCAAGAUCUAUGGAGGUCGUAAGAGGAACGGCGUGUGCCCCUCUCACUUCAGUGUGGGCUCCAAGAAUGUGGCUCGCAAAGUGCUUCAGGCCCUGGAGGCUCUUAAGAUGGUUGAGAAGGACCCCAACGGUGGCCGCAGACUGACCCCACAGGGCACCAGGGACCUGGAUAGAAUCGCUGGCCAGGUUGCAGCUGCAAGCAAGAAGUCUUGAAAUGUAAAAUAAACUUUGAGAACUUGAACUCUGUUUUGUGUGAUCUGUGGUUAGAAGGAUUCUUCCAUAACAAGGUUAUUUGGGAGGACUGUCCAAGGACUUGUGGGAAUCUGAAUUUUUUUCCCCCCUCAACUUUGUCAACUUAAAAAUAAAAAAAAAUAUCAA